GUUUGCCAAAUCAGUCGCAGUGUGUGGAGUGCGGGAAAAGGAACUGUGUGUGACUCGUCGCUGCGCGUGCCAAACGCAACAAUCUCUCAAGAGCAAAAGGAAAAAAAAAGGAUUGUGUGGACGAUAAAGAAGAAGAGAAAAAGAGCUGGGUGGCAGCAGUAGCAGAAAAUAAAGAAGAAAAACCGUUUUCAAGAAACGAAUCUGAUUGAAAUUGAACAGCCCAGGCAGGGGAAGAAGAAGAAGGAUCGGGGAUUUUGUUCGCGAUUUCUCUGUGAUUGUAUUUUUUUUCGGGCCUGCUGCGAUUAUUGGAAAAUCCUGAGUAUAGUUUUUCCGCGAUCGGAAGUUUGUGUGGAGAAAAAGGAAGAAAAAUUGCUUUUAGUUUCCCUUUUUCCGCUGCUAGUUCGGAUAUUUCUUAAGUUUUAGUUACGUUUUUCUCGGUUAGCAAGGGUUUUUAAGUAGUUCUAAAUAAGUUAAGGGUUUCAUUUUGCGAUUUCGGGCGCUGUAAAACGUUGGAAAAGUUGAGAAAUUUGUGCAAAAUGUGAGUAUAUUCGAAAGGAGAAGGAAGAAGAAAAACGGUGCGAAGAAAAGAAGUCGACAUCAUGUGUGUGUGUGCAGCACCACCACCAUCAUCGAAACGAGCGAAGAAAAAAAAAGAGUGUUUAGAGUGUGCAGCAGCGCACUCCGCGAGAGUGAAAUAUAAAAAUAUUUCAUUGAAUUUUUACGUGGCAAAAAAGGCGAAACACACCGACCGACCGUCCGUCGAAUCAGCAGCAGUAACAGCACCAACACCACUCAGCAGCACCGUCAGCAACAGCAGCGCCAUCUGAAACCGAUUGCCAUCACGUCUUUGCCGUCGUUUUGCAAAACGUCCCAGGAGGAACGAACAAAGGAAGAUCCCAACCGUCGAGUGGAACCUAUCCAUUAGAGGCACUGAAGAAGGGUCCCUAUCAUAGAUCGACCUCCUCAGCAGCACCACGGAAUCGAAACUCCGAACCGAAACGUCGUGUCCAUCCUCAUUAGCGAACCAUACCGCCAUACGUUUCGUUCGUCGAGUGAGGUGUUGCUCCUCCCGUCCGUUCUGUCUGUCUGUCUGUCUGUCCGUUUGAUUGCCGUCGUCGCUUCUGAUUCCGUCGUUUACGGCCCACCGUUCGCGCUCGCACACCGGAUUUCAAGACAAGACGAGGACGUCCGCGAGCGCAAGACUGGGGACCGAGCGUGUGUUGUUGAGUUGUUGUUGUUGUUGUUGCUGUCUCCUCCUCAACAGCAGCGGCAGCCUCAGCCUCAGCCUCCGCCGUACCUUCAAUAGCUCAAGAUGGCCGCCCUGUGCGCCGGGAGCUACGGAUUGUCCCAGCAGCAUCAGCCGCAGCAUGCCAACGACGCCAGCAACAACAAGGAACUGAUCUUCGUCAAGCUGACCGAUUCGGCCCUCAAGGCGAUCGAGGAGUUCCAACGGAAUCAGUACAAACUCGGCACCGCAGUCAAUCCCUCCAUUCAGUUCGCCAACGGACAGGGCUACCUGUCGUUUCCCUCCGGCAACGGUAACAAUGUGCAAAAGUUCAGCUUCUCGAUUUCGGACAUCGAGGGCGGCGGCUCGAUGGAAUGCAUCCAGCAGAGCCAGGGCCAGCAGCUGCAGAACAUGGGACACAUCCAGCACAAGAUGCGGAUACACGCCAACGAUGACGUGUACGAGAAGACGCGGGAACGGAUGGCCGCCGUAGAGGAAAAUCAAAAGAACAAAUGUACAAGGGAAAUCAAGCCCAACCAAACCGACAUAGGACGUAAGGUGAAAUUAAAAAAUCCAACUCGUAUCAGCAACAUUCCUAGUAGUAAUUCGCUCUUAAGUAAACGUGAUUCGCUGCAUAGUUCGAGUAACAACUAUGGCAGCAGCAACAACAGCAGUAGCAACAACAACAACAACCACAGCAACCAUAACAACAACAUCAACCACCACAACGGCAGCAGUAAUGCCAUCACCAACCACCACCAACACCAUAGUAGUAGUCUAAUGAAUCCCGCGCUCGCAAACAACCACCACCAGCACCACAAUGGUGGCCUACUGUCGUCGUCGGCGACGACACUGAACAGCAACAGCACCUACGGCAGCAACCACCUUUCGACAUCACCAAAACUCCCGAAAAGCAAUGGCUUCGUGCAGCAGCACAACAACCACCACUACAGCAAUGGCAGUAGUACGAACGGUAGCUUAUCAUCGGCGGCGGCGUCGGCGGCAGCGACGGCGCAGCCCAAGCCCGGCUACCAGCACACGGUGCACGAUCCUCCGCAGUCCCAGCAAAAGUCUGAAAGCAACGGUGUGGUGUCCAGCCGGAUGGCCAACGGGAGGACGUCCCACAAGGCGAGCGCCGGCAAUCCGGACAUCAUGAAGCGUAAUAUCAGGGAAAGGUUGAUCCAUAUACUAGCUCUAAGGCCAUUAAAGAAACCAGAAAUCUUCCUCAAGCUAAAUCAAGACGGUGUUCGUAAGGAGGAGCGUAAAUGCAUAUCUCAAAUACUGACAAACAUAUCCAGUAUGCGGGAUAAUGUGUACUGCUUACAUCGGCACGUUUGGAACGAUGUACAGGAGGAUUGGCCGUUCUAUACCGAAACAGAGCGGCAGAUACUCAAAAGGCGGAAACCUCAAAAUCUAACACCUCCUCUAAGCUCGGACGGUGGUUCGUCGACGUCGGGACAGAGUCCGUCCAGUACGCACAACGGCAGCAGUCCACCGUCCGGUGGCAAAAGGCCCGCGGCCGCCAGCAACGACGACACCGGCAUCGGUAGUAUUCCAACGUCCAAAAAGCCUCGGAUUAGUCACUACAAGAAGGACAUCCUGCCGGAUUCCACACGAUCGAGCGUUACGCCGAGUGCGCAGGAAUCGGAGGACAGCGGCGUCAGUUUGAGCUACUCGCUCGUGUCGAACGAUGUGGCCCGAAGGAUCCAAGCACCCUCGACUGACAAGGAGCAGCGUAGCGAGAAAGAACAGGAACGGGAUCGGGACGAUGUGAUAUCGGAGCGGGACAACUACGACGACCAGAUCAACGCGUACCGGGCCAACACGAACAAGGUCAAAUCGCUGAAGGAUGACUUUAGUGACCAAUUUACUAGGAUAACCUCGCUGGAACAACGGCGCAAAUAUAAGACUGAAUUUGACAAGGAUUUCCAAGAGUACCGGAAGCUGCACGAAAUCGUCGAACGAGUAUCGAGAAAGUUUGCUCAGCUGGAGGAGAACUUGCAACACGAGCGGCUAAACGAGAGGCGGUAUAAGGAGAUUCAACGACAAAUCAUCAAGGAGUACGAUGAGAGUAUAAAGGAUAACAAAUUUCAGGAGACUAAGCAGAGGUUCAACUACCUUCACAACAAGCUAUCUCAUAUCAAGCAUCUCGUGCACGAUUACGACGAAGCCAUCACCGUCGGACACUGUCGACCGCAGGAGAAUUACUGACGAUUAUUGAAGCCUGUAAAACAGCACUCGUCGCAAUUCGUAUGUUGACGACACUAAACUAUUAGACAUACAAAACCCACGCCGACACACGCAUACAGCCGCCUGAGUUAUGAAUAGGAGAACCUUAAGUGCAUAGAACUUUCCAACAACAACAAAAAUGAGGUGAAUGUAAUAUGGACAACCAGUAGCAGUGCAAGAGAAGCAGCCGCAGCAACCCAUGCCGCUGCAAGCAAUCCUUUGUUACCUUUUUAAUUAAUGGAAAAUAAUUUGUUUAGAAGUUAGAACCAGCCAAGGAGAACCUAGCAAAAAAAAGAUAGAACUCUGUUUUUCGCGCGCUUCAGGAGGAUCGUGAUCAGCCGGAACCGUGCCACAUUCUCGUCCGUGGGAUCCGCCUCCCUCCUGUCUGCUGCGGCCCUAGGACUGGUCGCGGCAGGCACCUCAUCUCAAGUAAGCAACUUCUCGCGACGAUGGUGCUCUCAUUCGUUGUCACAUGAAUGCCUUGACUCGCCCGCCCCCGCUCCCACAUUUGCUCCUCCAGGCGGAAUCGAGCCCCAUCAUCAAUCCGCCGCAGCACACAUCCCAGUAGCAUCUCGUAAUACUAGGUAGUAGUAACAGGAGUAAGAAUAGUACUAAAAACCACCACCACAGCAGCAGCAUCAGCAGCAGUACUAGUAGUCAUCGUCGCCGUCGUACUCGCGGUUUCUCGCCAACUCAACUCUCAAUCGAAAACACAACAAACGCAGACGCGUAGAAAUAUCUUACGAAAAAAAAUGGAAAGAUCUCACCUCUAGGAGGGUGAGAUUGUUACAGGGGACGAAGGCCAUACCAAUCGACAUGAUAGCCUAUUGCUCAAAGCAACCAAGAAGUGGUAGACAACAAAGCUAAUAAUCAAAAAAGGAUAUGGUCCCCCCACUGAUAGACACAAAAGUAACCCAAACUCAACUACAUAAGUAAAAAUCUUGCAGAAAGAGAGUGAGAAACAUCAAAACAAACAAAAAAACACAUACACACACAUGAAUUGAUUUCUAAGGAUUUUUGUUUAAACUAUUUUUAGGGAGUUUAUGAAACUUAACUAGUUAAUUGAGAGUUUAGCAACCGAAGCAGCAGCAGCGAAGAGAGACAUAGAAAAAGAAAGAGCAAAGGUUAGAAGCUCGAAGUCACCACAUGAGUUUAGUAGAUGUUUUGAAUUAAUUCCUUAGUUUUCUCGUUUUUUUUAAUUCUUUUGUUUCUUUUGAAAUGAGAGCAAGUAAAACUACACUGUUAUUGUUCCCCCCCCCCUUUUAGAGAGAGAGAGAAAAAUAGAAGGAGAAAAAUAAAAUCGGUUGUUUAGUAGGUUGAACGAAAUGGAGCUGGAGACCGAUACCGUGAUAGUCUUUUUGUUUUCUUCCAACGGCGCGCACUCAUGGAUUCGACUGGUACGCCGCGGUGUCCCAAGUGCCGUAAAUGCCAAGCCAAUAAUAAUGUAAGAAAAACGGAGAGUGCGAGAAAGGGAGAUGCAGAGGGUACUCAAAAUGAUUAGGUUGAAUUUUAUGUGUUGUUAUUUUUUUAAAUAACCUUCGAAGUUUAUAAAUGCAAGAACAUACAAAAACUGUUUCUUAGUGACCCGGUAGAUCCCACCUUUAAUGGUGACAGAACAGCAUAGCUUUUGUUAUCAAAUUUGUUUGAAAUUAAACAACGACUUCUCAUCGAUCUGCUCCGGCAAGUGGUUUUGAGUACCCUCUGUAAAAGCAAAUGUAGCAAGCAGACGGGAAGAAGAUUCGAAGGAAAUUAUGGGUAUUUAAUUAAUUUAUUAGUUGUUUAGUUUAGGCAAUUUUGAAAAAUAUGUAAAUGAUAGAAAGGUUGAAUCAAUAGAAAGAAAUGAAACCAA